UUCGAGCUUUUCUCUCUUGCUCAAACCCAUUGUUCUCAAACCCUCGACCUUUUCUCUGUCGAACCCUCUCGAUUUCACAUCUCCGUCUCGAGCCCUCUUCGCACUCGUUGUGCCUCUCUCGAGCCCUCUUCAUUGUCGUUGUCCCUCUCUCGAACCCUUGGUUCUUCCCUCCUCUCUGUCCAACUAUCGUAGCACUGUCGUUGUACCUCGUUCACCAAGAAAUGUCCUUCAUCAAAGACUAAAACUCUUCGGUGGCGUAGUUGGAUUCUGAGAAUCUGGUAAGUAAACCCUAAUGGUUGGUAAUCCAUGAAAUCGUUAAAUGCUUGGUAAACCCUAAUCCCUUUUUUUCUUUGUUUUAUCCGUCACAUUUGUGGUUCGGCUCGCAAGACGUAGUUAGAGGGUUUGCAGGCAUCGAUUGAGGCGAUUGUGUGGCAGUUUAAGAAGAUUGUUGGCAAGUUGCGAAGGCCCUUAGUGAAGGAACCAGAGGUGCAGGACCUGAUUGUGGCAUUGUAUAUAUUGUUGGUGGUUUUGAUCUCUUUCAUGCUGGUCUUGUGGAGGGAUCUUGAAGCUUGCUAGUGUUUGCAACUUUGGGUUUCUUGUAUUUGGUUGUUUUUAAUUUCUCAAGUAAGUUUUGAAGACAAAAGGAAUAUGGCAUCAGGUGGUUCUGGCCCUCCUCUUCCACCUUCUGGAGCAUUUGAUAAGGGGAAGAAACCUUAUGUAAUGAAGUUGCUUCCAAUAUUCAAUAAUGAAAUUGGUUCAACCACUCAGGCAACUACCCUUACCUCUACCUCCACUGGUAGAUUUAUUCUGAAUCCGUUACAAGUUCCUGGCUUGACUCCCACUCCACACACAUCUACACCUACCUCUCUUGCAUCACCAUUACAAGUUCCUGGCUUGACACCCACUCCAUGCCAAUUGCCUACUAAUGAAAUGACAUCACUCUCUCCCAAUGUUAGUUCUAACCCAUCAACUCCUGCAAAUAUUGCACCAUCACCUGGUACAGUGGAUGCAGAUCCACAUUCCAGUUCAGCCGCCAAUGACGACGAACAAGUUUCCAACAGUCUUCCAAUGAUUACACCCAUUGGAGGAGGGUUUUAUCCAACAAGAACUGCAUCAAAGGCAAUCACAGCUACCAUCAAGCAACAGUUUGAUGAGCCUUGGCUAACAUGGGGAGAAAUCCCUAAGCCCACUAGAGAUGUUUUCUUCGACUGUUUUAAGAGAAAGGUUUCAUGGAAGCCUGAAGAUGAGAACAAAGUCAAAAAAAAAUUUCACACUAAGGCAUCUCACAGACUCUCAGAGAUGUAUAAAAAAGCUAGAACUCUAGGAAACAAACCUAAUUGGCUGGGGGAUGAUACUUGGAAUGCUCUUCUGGAAAAGUGGAACAUGCCGGUGUAUAGAAAAAAGUGUGAAACAGCUAGGAAGAAUCGGACAUCUGAAAAGGGUGGUUGUUUGCACACGGGAGGAUCUAUUAGUGUGCAUGAGCAUGCUAUUCGUUUGUUGCAGGAGCUUGGACGGUCUGUUCAUGUUGAUGAAAUAUUUCAAUAAACACACAUUUGUCAAUCAACAGGGGACUUUGUAGAUGAAAGGUCUAGGCGGACCCAUGAACAAUUUCAAGCCAAAUUUUCUCAAAUGAGAUCUGAGAAUGCAUCUGUUGGUGCCUCCGCAUGUAGUCCCCUAGACCUUGCGGAGGAGGAGAGAUUGAAAAACCAAUGCUGGUUAGAUGUUGCUGGUGGAAGAUAGAAGGGACGUGUAUAUGGCAUUGGACAUGUCAGUUCCACAGAUGACUGUGUCGAUAGUUACAUCCGACAGACACAGGCAUCUUCUUCCACUCAGGCACCAAAUUCAGAAGUAAUUAAUAAUCUUAAAUCACAGGUACAACAAUAUGGCCAGCAGCUUCAAAUGGUUCACGGCUUUCUUGGUGUCCUCCUUCCAUUCCUUCCACCUUCAGCUGCUGCAGCUGCACAACAAUUUUUAAACUUUCCAAAUUCUGAACAUCAAAAUGAAGCAGCCAAUGACCACCAAGGUCCAGACCAACAAGCUCCAAACCAGCAAUCACUAGUCCAACAACCACCACCAGAUCAACCACAUGAUGGAAAUGAUCAUAUGCGUCAUUAGACAUUUUAUAGAACUUACUUUCUUAUUGUUGAACUAAUUUAGAUGAAGCUUAUGUUGUUGAACUGAUUUAGAUGAAGCUUAUGGUCUUGAACUUAUUUAGAUGAAUCUUUUCAUACCUAAUGUUUGUUAUGUAAACAAUACUUUUUGUGGAUUAAGUGUAUGUCUUAUUUCUUUUAUAUGAUU